GUCGGUGCUACCUGUACAUGAAGACGAUAGAGCGGGCGCCUUUCCCCCGGCGGCUCUGGGAGCGGGUCCUGCUAAGCAAGAACUACGAGAAGGCGCUCGAAGAGAUAGACGAGAACCUCAUCUACUGGCCGCGGUUCAUCCGGCACAAGUGCAAGCAGCGGUUCACCAAGAUCACCCAGUACCUGAUCCGCAUCCGCAAGCUGACGCUCAAGCGACAGAGGAAGCUCGUUCCUUUACGCAGAAAGAUUGAGAGGCGAGAGAAGAGAAGAGAGGAGAAAGCCCUGGUCGCCGCUCAGCUGGACAACGCCAUCGAGAAAGAAUUACUGGAAAGACUGAAACAGGACACGUAUGGAGACAUCUACAACUUCCCCAUCCACGCCUUUGACAAAGCUUUGCAACAGCAAGAUGCAGAAAGCGAGAGCGAGUCCGAGGCAGAGAGGGAAGAAGAGGAGGAGGAGGAGGAGGAUACGGAUGAAAGAGAGUUUGUGGAAGCAGAUGACAGCGAGCUCAGUGACUUUGAGGACAUGGAUAAGUUGGAGACAAGUAGUGAAGAGGAGCGGGAAGAGGAAGAAGAAGUAGAGAAGAAGGCCUCUCACUCCAAAUCUAAAGGGAAAACGCCCCUGAAAGGACCAGCCAGAAGAAAACGCCCCUACAUCGAGAUAGAGUAUGAAGAAGAAACGGAGCCAACCACCAAAACAAAAGCAACCUGA